CUUUACACUGUGUCCUUUUGCGCCUGUCGCCACCUAUGGACCUGAAAUAACAGCACCUGCGAGUUAUUGAAUCCUCUCUCACACCUAUACGACACCGCCGCCAUGCAUAUCCUCAGCUUCCUUUAUCCAGCGCUGCUGGCCGCCAGUGGCGCUGAAGCCCUCCGCUCAGGCUCCAAAGUCAAGCUCUCAAAUGUUCAAAGCCUCACGCUGCGCAAGGGCCAAAGCACCUCACACAGGCGUGUCGAUGCGAUGCCUCAGUUGACAUGCAUCGGUGGCUCUGCGCGUGGCCUCUACGAAGUCGACGUUAUGCGCUGCAAAAACUCCGGCUCCGACUACGACGAAGACUCCAUCCAAUGGACGUGUACCGCCUCGCUCCCCGAGGAAUUCAAACUCGGCUCCACGGACGUCAUCUGCGAAGGCUACGACUCCCCCAAUGAUCCAUACAUAUUGAAGGGCAGCUGCGGUGUCGAGUACAAGCUAGUCUUGACGGAUAAGGGCCGUGAGAAGUAUGGCAAGGGCAAAGGAGGGGGAUGGUGGGGUGGCGAUGAUGAGGGUGGCGAGCGAGGGGACGGACCGAAGACGAUGGGUGAACGGGUCGCUGCUGCUGUAUUCUGGUUGCUGUUCAUUGGCGUUGCGCUUUGGAUGGCGUACUCCGCAUUCACAGGUUGGGCACAGCGCCGUGCCGACGGCGGUGGAGCAGGUGGCAAUCGACCAGGCUGGGGCGGCGGCGGCGGCGGUGGUGGCGGUGGAGGAUGGGGAGGAGGCAACAACGACGCCUAUGAUGACCCACCACCACCAUACUACCCUUCAAAUCCUGGCAAGCCACGAUCUGGAGACGCUACAGAGGGCUGGAGGCCUGGUUUCUGGUCUGGUACAUUGGGUGGUGCCGCCGCCGGAUGGGCUGCGGGACGUAUGGGUAACAGAGGGAAUCAGACAGGUAGUGGCUACGGAAGCGGAAGUGGUUGGAAUAACGGAGAAGGAAGCUCGAGGUCGUCGUCUGGGGAUAGCUUUUCGAGCACGAGACAUGAGAGCACUGGAUUUGGGUCGACAUCGCGUAGAUAAAGCGUAGGGAAGGUUGCAGAGUUUCUAUUUGGUUCAGAAUGAUACCCCUAUUCAUACUAUUACUACAUUUAUCCACGGAUACUAACCUAUGGAGCCACCUGAAAAGCAUGAAAUUUAAAAGAUGAAAAUAUAAGAUCAUCGUCGACUUGCACCUGAGUCAAAUCACGGGCUCUUGCAAGUUUUUCAUGACCUCGGACAGCCUGACAGUCACAAAUUCCGUUUGCCUAAUUCUGGUCUACAGCUUGGUCUACCCCAAUAGUUCGUAGAUAGCGUGCUGAAGGCAUUCAAGCCUCACUUUGCUGACC